AUGGCACAAUCUGCCUCGCUAGCCGAGAUGGCAUCGAUGCAACCAAUUGCUGGCGCUCAGUAUCACUGGACACAUUACCUGGCCCCGACGAGUCAGAAGAAGUUCAUCACUUGGAUGCAGGGUUGGGUGACUUGGUUUGCGUGGAUCUCCACACUCGCCGGUGUUGCCAAUACCACUGCUACGAUGAUCCAGGGCCUAGCGAGUGUGAACUACCCAGAAUACGAGCCAAAGCAAUGGCACAUCACCCUCAUCAUCGUCGGCAUGCUUAUUCUCCAAGCAUUGAUGAACAUGUAUACAUUUUGGCUGAUUCCAUGGAUUGAAAUGCUGGCGGGUAUUCUGCACAUCUGCCUUUUGAUUGUGUUUCUGGUUGUACUCGCAGCUCUAGCACCCCGUCACACACCAGAGUUUGUCUUUCUGCACACGCAAAGCACCUCGGGCUGGGCAAGAUUCCCCGCAUGGAAUAUAGGUCUGCUCACCCCUGUCUGGGGAUUUGUCGGCUUUGACGGCGCAGUACACAUGAGUGAAGAAGUCCGUCGAGCAAAACAAGCAGUUCCUAGGUCUAUCUUCUAUACCGUCGUUGCUAACGGUAUUCUGGCGUAUGCAAUGGUGGUAUGUAUGCUCUUCACAAUGGGCUCGGUGGAGGAAGCCCAGAAAUCGAGCUUCCCGAUAAUCGAAAUCUGUCGGCAAGCAACCGGUUCCGUGAAAGCUGCCACCGCGAUGGUGAGCGGGUUACUUGUAAUCUCGCUGUCAGUUAAUCUGGCGAGUAUCGCGUCUGUCUCAAGAUUGACGUGGGCAUGGGCUCGUGACGGAGCCCUUCCCCAGUGGUUUAGUCAUAUCGACCGCAAGCACAAUGUGCCAAUUCGUGCAGUCUGGCUCCCAGUACUUGUUGUUAUGAUUCUGGCGUGUUUGAACAUCGCCGAUGGUGCCGCCUUUGGGGCGUUCGUCGCACUGGGGUCGAUUGGCCUCUUUGUGUCAUAUUUCAUUGCUAUUAGUUGCAUGGUGCAUAAUCGGUUUCAGAAGCAUGUGGCGCCUCUUGGAAACUGGAAUAUGGGAAUAUGGGGACUUCCGGUUAAUGUCUUUGCUUUGGUGUAUACUGCCUGGGUUACGGUGUGGCUGGCAUUCCCGUCAGCGUUACCGGUUACUGGUGAGAACAUGAAUUAUGCUGCACCAAUUUUUGGUGCCACUACUCUGUUCGCCUUUGUAUAUUGGUUUAUCAAGGGGCGGACUCGCUGGGAGGGAUUGAAUAAGGAGGUUAUUCGACUGGCUGUGGAAGGGGGAGCACUUCAAUUGAAAUGA